AAGUGUCGGUCGGUUGUUCGUGCCAGAUGCAUGUGUGUACAGAGAAGCAAGAGUUCGGGAAAAAUUAUCAUAAAUCUUAUCCAGAGUUUUGUUUUGAUUCCCGCGUGUCGUCUUUAUACAUGCUGCAAGAGGCAGCAUCGCGGUCACUUAUAGUUGUGUGUUAUAUACAUAUUUAUCAUUUGAAAUUAUAUUUAAUGUAUAUGUACGUAUUCUAUACAUACAAAAUUAUGCAUAAUGUGUACUAGAAGAAACCAAAAACAAAUUCGCCGCCCAAUGUACUUAAUGCCACUGGCAAGUCAUCCACCCGCCCACAGUAAACUUGGGAAAUCCGGCGAAUAUCCAAUGUCGAGCAAUUAGCAGAGCUAAGCAGGCAAAGAUACUCCGACCGGGGAGGAAAACCAACAAAUAGAUUAAAUUAUAAAGUUAUCCAUUAAAAAAAAAAACAACUAAAAACAGAGAACUAAAAAGAUACAAAGAAACGGGAAGACAGAGAGCACAAGUCGAGUUUUGGUUUUAAAUGGAUGCUGAUUAAAAGGGAGAUGCAAGUGGAAAGUUUGUUUGAAAAGGACAUCCCGCUGAUAAGUAGUUCCUCCACAUUUACAUUAAAAAUAAGGCCAAUAACAGCAACAGUAACAAUAAAAAGAUUACCAAGGCGUGCAAAACUCACGCGUACCAUUGAACAAGAAAACGAACAACCACUACAGCCACUGUCGCAGUCCCAACAUCAGCAAUAUCAACAAUAUCCGCAUCCGCAGCAGCAGAAGAAUCAACAACAAACAACAUUAAAAGUUAUAGAAACAGCGCUUUCCCUCUCAUUGCCGCUGCGUGAGGCGGAGGAGCGUCUACUGGAAAUAGCAGCAGGCACUGUGAUGGCUUCAAAGGUGUCCACGGAUGAUAAAUCAGCCACGACGACGACGACGACGACGACAACGAAAGGGCAAUGCCUGGGCACUGAUGAGACCAGCGCCACUGGUGGCAACAGCAACAAUAGCAACAAUAGCACCAACAACAGCAGCAGUAGCAGCAACAACAACAGUGCGCUACAGCCAAACAAAAACAAGAAGCCAAACAGCACGUUGCUUAGCAACAUUGGAGACGUGGCAGUCGAACGUAAGCGCAAAAAGUUUCCUGCACACAUCGAAAACGAGUCGGGUCAAGGGAAGGGGCAGGAAGAGGAGCAGGAGCUAGAAGAGGAUAUAGAAGACGAACAGCACGAGGAGGAGGAUGAGGAGGAAGAUGACGAUGGUGAUGGAGAGCUCGAAGACGGCCAUGGUGAAGCCGUAGGUGAAGUCGAAGGUGAAGUCGAAGGUGAAGUCGAAGGUGAUGUCGAGGAUGAUGGCGAUGGUGAAAGCAACGAUGAGCAACACAUGAAGCUCAUAUUUCCCGACGAUGAAGCGCGUGAUGAGACCCGAGAAGCCCCGGCAACUGCAGAUGUAGCUGAUUGUGGAGGCUCCAGGGAGCUGGCAGGGAGCAGCGAAUGUGUUGCUGAACCACAUUUGAGUGAUCAGCCAGUCCCAGGCACACAGGCCAUUGAGCACAGGAUAGCUGGCGAAGACACCCCGCAAGAUAAUGCCAACUCCAACAAUAGUGACGACCACUAUGGUGAGGAUCAGCUGCAAGCAGCGACGGGCAGUGAAACAACGAGGCCAGAAGAUGCUGGAUCAGAAGUUGCCGCUGCCGUCGCCGCCGCCAACAGUAGCAGUAGCAGCAGUAACAGCAUGGAAUGCAUUAAUUCCGGCCAAAUGUCAACGAUACCAGCCACAUCGUCUUAUGCUAAUGAUGACUACAUAGCGCCAGAGCAGGCGCUGGUCACUAGCGUCGAAUUGGUUGUGCCCCCGCCCUCCCACGCCCUUGCCCACUCCCACCACUAUGGCGAUGUGGCCGCCUCCGUCUCUUCCGCCGCCCUGGCAGGUAUCUUUAAUGCUUCAGCAGCAGCGGUCGCAGCGGCUGCGGCUGCAGCAGCAGCAGCAGCCGCAACAACAACUUCUUCCACUUUAGUAGCAAAUGAUAAAACCGAUGGUUGUGCAACAGACUCCAACUUGAAUGUAAGAAUUCCUACUAACUUAACUUUAACAACAGCAACGGGUGAUAUAUUGCUGACAGACCGGCGCGGCACUAUAUGGGCACCGCAUGGCGAAUAUAAGGAUAACAGCAACAGCGGCAGUAGCAGCAACCACACUACACCCCAGCAGCAGCAACAACAGCAACAGCAGCAACACGUCCCGCCCGACCCACUUGAAUCGGAGGCGGCGCGGGAUACUUAUGCCGAUUUAUAUAGAACAGCGCCACUGCCGCCACAGCAGCAGCAGCAGCAACCGCCACCACCACAGCAGCAGCAUCGACAACCUGAGCUGCUGCUGCAGAUCGAAAAGGAGAAUGCUGAGAGUGCAGCCUUUGCGCAAAUGGUGCCGUUGCAACAUCAUCAACAACAGCAGCAGCAGCAGCAGCAGCAACACCAACACGAGCAACAACACUACGCACAUGAGCAGAGGAUGCAACAGCAGCAGCAGCAUCACCAUCAUCAUCAGCAACAGCAGCAUCAGCUUCACAGCAACAUGUACGCACAAAUGCUGCAGCAACAGAACCUUAAUGCUCUGCACCAUCAUCAGCAGCAGCAACAACAACAACAACAACAACAGCAACACUAUCAGAACUAUAGUCAACAACAUUACCCGCAUGAUCAACUUUUUGGCCUGCAUCACCCCGAUCAGUCCCAGCAGCAUCAUUUGCAGCAACAACAUCAUCUGGAAUGCCAUCCUCAUUUGCAGCAGCAACAGCAACAACAACAGCAACAGCAACGUGUGCCACCUCAUCAGCAGCAGCAGCAACAAAUGCAGGAGGCCUACCACGAACUCCUAAUGGACGAGUUCCACGAAGAUCCCAGUUCCGCGUACAAAUUAACCUUGUCGCCGAACAAUGCGAAGCCCGAGAAUCAGGAUGACGGGUAUGAGACAAGCGCUGGUGAUGUCUUAACGCCCAACUCGCACAGCUCAUCCACCCACUCAGUCACGCCGCAGCAUCAAAUGCAACAUGGCGGUCUCGGGUUAAUGCCACAAACGAAGCACGAGGAGCUCCAGGCCCAACAGCAGCAGCUGCAGCCUGGACAGAAUCAGUCGGCCGCCUCAUCGAAUGCCAAACAAUUGCAACAGGCCACUGGACAGCAGCCACCCAUGGGAUUGGAUCGUUUGCAGGUGCGCGAGAAUGUGCCGUCCAAUGUUGCCGAUCCCUACGGUUUCAUGGGGGACGAUGUGCGCAUGUUGUCCCCGGCCAGUCGUCAUGGAGCAGGCGGACCAGCCGGUGCCACAAGUUAUGUGACAAUGGCAGAGUCUGAACAGAACAACGAUAUGUAUGCCUUAAAGCAGCAACAACAGCAGCAGGCAAUGGUCUUAGACCCUAGCCUAAACAAUCAGCAACCGCAACAGGAUAUGGGCCAACAGCAUCUGCUCGGUGGAGAGCCCAUGGGCGGCGACUCAAAAUCCUUGAUGACAACGCAUGCAGGAGUAGACGCUAAUCAGUCGCUAGAUCCUGACAACGUCGACAUGAAUGCGAAGCCCACGCCAAAGAGAAGAGGACGCAAGAAGAAAAUCAUUGUGCCCGAUGGUAUACCAGUGACUCAGCCCUGUGAUGGGAGUGGAGAAGUCAUGGCUAUGGCCGCUGGCAGCCUGGUGAAGCCAAAGGAGCGCAAAAAACACGAUCGUUUUAAUGGCAUGUCGGAGGCGGAAGUUAUUAAGCGCACCAUACCCGACCACCUUUGUGAUAAUCUAGAUAUCGUUAUAGUUGGCAUUAAUCCGGGACUAUUUGCCGCGUACAAGGGGCAUCACUAUGCCGGACCUGGCAAUCAUUUCUGGAAGUGCCUGUACCUAUCGGGACUGACGCAGGAACAAAUGAGCGCAGACGAGGAUCAUAAGCUCAUCAAGCAUGGCAUUGGUUUUACCAAUAUGGUGGCACGGGCGACCAAAGGAUCAGCAGAUUUGACACGGAAAGAGAUCAAGGACGGCAGUCGCAUAUUGUUAGAGAAAUUGCAAAGGUUUCGACCGAAAAUUGCCGUUUUCAAUGGGAAAUUGAUCUUUGAAGUUUUUUCGGGUAAAAAAGAGUUUCACUUCGGCCGCCAGCCAGAUCGUGUCGAGGGCACUGAUACGUAUAUUUGGGUAAUGCCAUCCUCGUCGGCACGCUGUGCUCAGCUGCCUCGUGCCGCGGAUAAGGUUCCGUUUUAUGCGGCGCUGAAAAAGUUUCGCGACUAUCUCAACGGCCAGAUACCGCACAUGGACGAGGCUGAGUGCAUAUUCACGGAGCAGCGGAUCCGACAAUGCUGCGAGCAGGAGACCCUCAAAAACAUUUCCGCCGCCAUGGAGCACAGUGAGCAGUCUAGUCUAUUGUUUGGUGAUAAUGCGAGGAGCGCCAACAUGGAAGGUGGUGGCGGUCCGUGUCCUAGUCAGCAACAGGCGGAGAAGCUGCUGCCACAUUUCGGCAGUGCCGCCCCCGACGUAAUUGCCCGUGAAAAUUUUAUGUAUGGUGGCGAUGAGAGUAUGCGAGGGGCCCAGAUGGCGAGCAUGGCACAAGAGCCAAGGACCGGGCCAGUGGCGGGUCCUGUGCCUGGCCAGGGACAGCUACCAGUGCCGAGCGGCAUGAACGAAAAUUACAUGUCUGCUUUCGGGCCAGGUCUGCAACCGCAGGAGAAGAAGAAACGCGGUCGGCCAAAGAAAAUAAAGGGACAGGAGAUGAUCGAUCCGACCACUGGCAAUAAAAUUUCAAUUAAUAACCAGCAAAUGGCGCACAACGACUUCAACAACAUACUCAAUCUCUCGAUGAUUGGUGCUGGCAAUGGCGAGACGCCCAAAAAGAAGCGCGGCCGGCCAAAGAAGCUCAAGCCGCCACUCGAUAUGAUGUCUGCGGCUAAACAGCCGCAACUUCAGCAGCAACAACAACAACAGCAACAACAACAACAGCAGCAGCAGCAGGUGCAGCAAACACAGAAUGCCAUGUCGAUGCACACGCUGGCCAUGGAGCACACUUCAUCGCCCCAGAGCCAUCAGGCCCCGCCCAGUCUGUAUAAUACGCCGCCGCCAUCGCACAUGCUUUACACGGCUUCGGCAUCGCCGAUGGCUUCGCCGGCGCUCAACUGCACCUACUCGCGAGGCACGCCUCCCGUGCCGGCCCAAGGUACACCGCCGAUUGUGGAGCAGCAACAGCAACAGCUUCUGCUGACGGAUCUAAACAAGAAUGCCGCACAGUGCAUGGACAGCCCCACCGAUCAUCAGCAUCUGGUCUCUGUGUCCCAGCAACAAGCGCAGGCAGGCUCGCAUGUGGGUGGGCGCCUGAGGGAGCCACAUCUAGGCGAAACACCGCCGCCCAGUUCGCCGAGCAUGUGUGCCGUGGACUUCGAUCCGCCACCAGAUGCCGGCAUUACGGAGCGCGCCGAAGCGGAGCAACAGGGCCUGUUAAUGGCACAGCAGCAGCAGCAACAGCAGUCGCAGGCAACGGGAGUGCCGCAAAAAUCGCAAUACGCCAGUCCUGCUCAUGACACCGAGUCCCAUGGAGGGCCGCAGGAGCAUUACCAGCAAUGGCUGUCGCCGCACCAUCAGUCGCAGCAACAGCAGCAGCAACAGCAAGUUGUCCAGAAGCCUCUUCAGCAAUCUCACUCACCUGUGCUCCAAUACACGCCCCUUCACUACCAGCAGGAGCAGCCUGCUGAGCAUUGGCAGCGUCAGCAGCAGCAACAACAGCAGCAACAGCAACAACAACAGCAGCAGCAGCAACAGCGGUACGACGAGCAUAGCAGUCCCUACAUGCUGGCCUCACCGCAUCACACACACACCCUCACGCACAGUCCUCAUAGCCAACAGCAGACCCAGCAGCUGGGCAAUCCUCAAGCCCAGAUAGCCUCCGAUGUGGCGCGCAAGAGCUUGUCCGGCCUGGAGUCGCUGGUCGAUCAGAUACCAUCCAUGAGUGAGCACGAGACGAGCGCCAUAUCAUCGGCCACAGUGGCAGCAGCAGCGGCCGCUGUCGAGAGUCGUCUUUUGGGUUUGCAGCAACAGCAGCAACAGCAACAACAGCAGCAACAGCAGCAGCAAAAACGCUGCAUGUCCAGCCAUCAAGACAACGAAGUGCCGUCCGAUACGUUUGGCACACCCUCAAGCAACAGCACGGCGAGCAACAACAACAACAGCAACGUCCUGAGCAACAACUUCAGCGUUAGCAACCUGGCGGCCUCAUCAACCACGGACGCCAUCGUGAACAGCAGCGCUGCUCACAACAACUCGAAUAACAGCAGCCAUAGCCAUCAUAAUCUGAGCGCCAAUGGCCAUAGCGAGUACGCCACACAUAGCCCCACCGCCUAUCAUCAUCCGAAUCUCAUUAGUGCCGCACUGGCAGCGGCGGCGGCCAACAAUCAGCAGGCAGCCGCCCAUCAUGUGCCUCAUCCGCAAAUGUAUAUGGAUCCCCAUAUAGCCCCACAUAUGGCCCAUAUGCCAACCGUAAAUACGAUGUAUGGAGCAGCGGCGGCUGCGGCAGCGCCCCAUCAUCAUCCCGCCUAUGGCCCGGCGGGUCCCCAGCAUAGUGCCGGCGGUGCCACAGACUACGGUCAUGGUCAUGGUCAUUAUGGAUUGCCGAGCGCACAGGGCACUACGCUCCAUGUGCCCAGUCCAAACUAUCCGUAUGCGCAUUAUGGACACACGCCACCGCAGACCAAUUACCCAAGCUAUGCGCACCACCACCACUCGCACCAUGGACACACGCCGCACCAUUUGAGCGUCUUCGAGCGUCUCAAGCCGUCCGACAUAAGCGGGUACAGCGGAUUCUGAUGGCAACAACAACGAUACGAGUACAGCGGCUACGUUUAAAUGCACACACCAGAUGGAAAAAAGAGAUAACUACUCGCCGCCCACCUCCAACCGCCGCCCUGCAAUAUAUAUAUAUAUAUAUAUAUAUAUACAUGCAUAUAGUAUAUACAUACAUACAUACAUAUACAUAAUACAUAUGUAUUCAGCAAUCUCCGGCGUCGCCGUUUUUUGUAGUUUAAGUAAUUUUUAUUUUUUAAAUAAGAUAACCAAAGACUCCGCCUAAUAAAUUUCUUAUGUAAGCAUACCUACUUACCUACAUAUAUAUACAUACAUAUAUAAAUUUACAUUACUACUUAUACAUACAAUACAUAAUACAUAUGGUUGCUGUUUUAUAUUAUGUGAGAGAAAAACACAAAAAACAAAAAACAAAAAAAAAAUACGGAAAACAAUGAAUCGAAGAAAUGCAAACUAAUUUUUACUAAAGGGAGACGACACACAUAUAAGAAGAAGAACAUAAACAUAAACAGAUAAAUCGUAUGUAUAAGCACCGUAACUGCAUAUACACCUGCAUAAACAAUUCAUUCAAAAUAGUAAAUCAAUGUUAAAGUUUACUACUAUGUGCUACAUAUUAACUACAAUUACUACAAGAAAAACAAAAGAGAACGAAAAACAAAACGAAAGCAAAGAGAGAAAGAGAAAAAAGAAAACAAACAAAAACAACACUAAUCAUACGUAACUGCAACUGCAAACUGAACGAAUUUUUCGAAUUUGACGAAGGAAGAAGCCACUUCUAUACAGAAUAUAUACAAAAAGAAAAUUACAUACAUACAUAGAUGUAGAUACUAUUGUAUUUAGGCGUGGCACGUGACACGUUACACGCGCGAAACGCAUCGAAAAUCCUCCAAUGCAAAGACCCCAAGGGCCCUUCAUUAGUCCUCUCAUCAGUAGGAACGCGAACGCAUCAGUCUAAAAAAAAAGGCAGUCCCAUUGCGUCUAGCCGACACUGUUCUCGAGAACAGUGUCUGCCCUCAACUUGGGUCGCAAUGGGUGUGGAGCGGGAGCGGGAGCGAGAUCGAGAUCUAGAUCGAAAGAGCCUGAGUUACAAUCUCGGCUGCACUGCGAACUGAAACUGAAUUCAACAAUAAUAAACUGUAGAAUACUUUGAACUUCGUAUAUUAUACAUAAAUGCUCUAUGCUUUACCUUCAAUUUAAUUUAAAUGAAAACAAGAACAAUACAAAAACAAAAAAAAAAACUGUU